AUACAAACUCAUUUGGAUGGACGUGCAUUUGAAGAUGUUGUAAGAAAAUAGCGAUAUUUUUGUGCUUUCUAGAUCGUUUUUAAUGUAGAAAUGACUAUUUUACCAAAGAAGAAGCAUACCGAGAGUAAAAAAUCUGAGAACACUCCUAGUAGUGAUAAUAGAGGGAGAAUAAGAGGUCUGCAAAGUCGGCCCUCGCCUCCAGAAAGAACUGCUAUAGGAAGGGCUUCAGAGGAAUAUGUUGGCGAAAGUUUCGAGCCCAGAGAAGCUGUGGAGUCCUCUUGUAGUACCAAAAGAAGACACAGAGGAUCACCACACCGCCAUAAAUAUCAUGAAAGGCACGGUGAGGAAGCGGGCUAUAACAGUUCCGAUGAACACGAGGGGCAAAACCUGGAAGUCACCACCGAGGAGAUGGAGAGACAAUUUGAGCAAUCUUUGAAAGAAAAGAAAGGGUUUGUUAUCAAAAGAAUGGCCGAGGAUGGAGCGUGUCUCUUCCGAUCAGUCGCUGAUCAAGUAUAUGGUGAUCAAGGAAUGCAUGAUAUUGUCAGGAAACAUUGUAUGGACUACAUGGUUAAAAACAUAGACUACUAUUCUCAGUACAUCACUGAAGACUUCUAUACUUAUAUCCGGAGAAAACGUGAUAACCACUGCCAUGGCAACCAUGUUGAAAUGCAAGCUCUCAGUGAGAUGUAUAACCGUACUGUAGAAGUAUACCAAAACUCUAUUGAACCAAUCAAUAUAUUCCAUAGCACAUACAAGACAGAUAAUGAACCAAUUAGACUGAGCUAUCAUGGGCAUGUCCACUAUAACUCUGUAAUUAAUCCUAACAAGCCUUCAGUUGGUGUGGGUUUAGGGUUAUCAGGAUAUAAACCAUGGAAUGUGCUGGUCAAUGAUGCAGUGAGACAGUCAGAGGACUGGCACUUAGAGCAGCAAAUGCUCAAGGAUAAACUACGAGCUACAGACUGGGAGGCAACCAAUGAAGCUAUGGAGGAAGCUGUUGCUAGGGAGUCUUAUCUAAACUGGCUACAAGACUCUGARCGAAGAGCAAGGGGAGCAAGACCUACUACUCAUUCAAGUCCAUCAUCAAGUAGUAGUACAUCAACAUCUACUGAAUCUAAACGACCAAACUCCCCACACUACCGGGAGAGGCAACGUGAUACUGACAGUGCACCCCCCAGUAAAUCACCCCGUCAUUCACCCAGUUCNNNNCCAACAUCUACCAGACAUGAAUCAUGCUUUAAUAUUGGCUCAAGUUUGACAGACUGUAAGACUUUUGCAUCAACAUGUACUUCAACAUCUUCUACUAGUACAAUGUCAUCGCUAUUAGAACCACGCCCUGGAUGUUCAACAGCAUUAUCGAAUCCACCGUCACCUGGCUGUCAAGCUGAAGGUGCUAGUUAUACACCUCAAGAUAAUUAUGGUAUGAACAGAUGGGAUGAAGAACAGAUCCUAGCAGCAGUAUUAGCAGAGUCUCAGAAAGAAUACCUUGAUAGUCUUAAAAAGAACAUCAAAGAAAAUUCCCCYGAGCCAGGGGGGAGCAAGUCAUAGCAAGAUUGUCAUAAUAAUUCUAGGUGAAGCAUGUUCAGUAAUUGUUUAAAGAAUAAGUUAGGUUAUGUAUAAUGAAAGUAUUACCAUAAGGAUACCAAGCUCAAAUUGUAUUUUAUAUGCAACUUCUGGUAACCACCAUUAUGUUUUGGUUCCUAUAAACUAUUUCUGGCACAGGGCAUUACCCUACUAUAAGCCAAUCAGGAUAAAGUAGUAUGGUUGUGCGUGCAGGGAUAGUUUCUUUAGGGCAUUUUGGAAGAGUGUACUAGGAUUCUGCGCUCAUAUUUAAAAGUAUGGAAAACAUGCAUAUUUCCAAAAACGCCGGCAAAAGAGCCCUUGCUCUUGGGAUAAAAAUUUCAAAGAAACCAAUGGAGUGAAAUGCUCUUUUAUUUAAUCAUAUGAAUUAUCGACUAAAAGAAUCUAUUUCAUCUUACCAACCUCACUUUAACAGAGCACAGGACACAAUUUGACUAUUAGGUUUUGUAUAUAAUGCAAUAAAGUCUAAUAGAGAUGAAAGAUAGUCCGUUUACAAAGGGCGAUACGAGGUCUGAAGUGUUGUGGUUCCAUGAAUAGCCGAUUUUCGAAUUUCUUCCUAGUARUCAAACACAAAAGAAUCAAGACGAGGYGYCGUGCGUAAAGCUCAGUCAAU